UGUGUGUGCGCGCGCGCGCGACGUCAUCGACCUGCUGGCAGCCCGGGGGCGAGGCUGCGCAGUUCGCUCGCCGUCUCGCAGUCGGAGAGGCCGCCGCUGCCGCUGGGAGUGGGUGGGUGUGCGCUUCACCUGCUCAGCUCGUUCUUCCAGCCUUCCACCCCCCCUGCCAAUUGCAAGCAGUCGGAAAGGACCGUGUUGGCAGCAACCCGUUGGCAGAAGACGAGGACGCCUCGCCGAGCUCUUCAUGUUGUGUGGGGUGGAGAUCUCGCCUGGAUUCCGUAGGAUUAAAACAAACUGCACAAUCAAGACCCCACAAUGAGUGUAACAUCAUGGUUCUUAGUCAGCAGCACUGGUAUUCGACAUCGGCUUCCACGAGAAAUGAUCUUUGUGGGAAGAGAAGACUGUGAGCUUAUGCUUCAGUCCCGUAGUGUUGAUAAGCAGCAUGCAGUAAUCAACUAUGAUCCAGCCAGUGAUGAACACCUAGUGAAGGACUUGGGCAGUCUUAACGGGACAUUUGUGAAUGACUUAAGAAUUCCGGACCAAACAUACAUAACCCUUAAACUUGGAGACCUCAUACGAUUUGGCUAUGAUCCUCACAUGUACAUGCUGGAAAAAAGCGAACACAGAGUCCCAGAAGAGGCAUUGAAGCAUGAGAAGUACACAAGCCAACUGCGGAUGGGUUCUAAAAGUUCAGAUGGUAGGAGGGUAGUUGAUCAUGCUGAUGAUACAAUCGGGGAAACAAAUCCCUCAAAAUCCAAAUAUGAAAAAGCAGAACGUAAAGGACCAACAGAUAGCAGCAUAUCCCGUCCAACACCACUCUAUGGUCAGCCGUCAUGGUGGGGUGAAGAUGAUGUUGGCGGCAUACUGCAACAUGAUGACAGUAGACAUCUGGAAGACUCACAUUUGGAAAUUCACAAGGAGACCUCCAAACAUGAACCAGACUUAAAUGAAAACAUUACCGAUAACCAGGAUCUGCAGACAAGGUCCAUCUACUCUUAUAGACGAGAACCAAGUUACUUUGAAAUCCCAACCAAGGAGUUCCAGAUGCGCACUAAAAGUCCAGAGACAGAAUUACAUGAGAUUCCCACUAAAGAUACAGACGCACCCAGCACUGUUACUCCCCCAGUAGUUCAGAGUCAUGCAUCCUUCACCAUUGAGUUUGAUGACUGCACCCCUGGAAAGAUCAAGAUCAAGGAUCAUGUGACUAAGUUCUCCUUCAGUAAACGUAAACCUCUUGGCAAAGAUACAGCAGUUGCCCCUACUGAAGUAAUGUCCAUAGAGAAUAAGGUGGCAGACUGGCUUGUUCACAAUGACCCCAGCAUCAUGAAAUGGAAGUCCCCUUCUGAUGAUGUAUACAGCACUAAAAGUGAUCUGCCAGUUCACAUCAAAACCCUCAAAGGCAACCAACAUGAAGAUGGAACACAGAGUGACACAGAAGAUGCAGUCCAGUUGGAACAACCAACCAAACAGAUAUCGACUAAGGAACAGGUUCCACCCCCAACAGAGCUGCAGUCUUCUGUGCAAAGUCAUGCCAAGGAUAGCCCUCAGGAAUUACUGAACCAACAAGCUUUUGUUAUAGAAUUCUUUGAUGAUAACCCACGCAAGAAAAGGUCACAAUCUUUUACCAAUAAUGCUGGACAUAAUGAUUCCUUUUCUACCCUGAAGGCUAAACUGGAAAAAAGACGGGGUACGAUGACUAUUGAAAAGUCAGCUGUUGACUCUCAACAUGGUCUUGGGCCAGCACAGCCAAUGGGAGAAUCACUAAAAAGCACAGGUGUCCCCCAGAGGUCUAGCUCCCUCAAGCGAGAAAAAACAGAAGAUCGUAUUAAUGCGAAUACUUUGGCUGUCACAUCCCACAUUACAGUUGCUGUAAAGCCUUUUGCCAGUGUGGGGAAAAAAAACAAGGUGAACCAGAACUUUUCAGCUGGGCUUUAUAGAGAUUCAAUGCCAGAGAAGACGUUUUCCCCGCCGUUGAAUACUACAGCAUUGUUGGCCACAGCCUCUCCUGUCCACUCUCCUACUCACUCACCUAGUCCUGUUUUGGUUAAUACUUCCCAUAAUACUCCUUUGUGUCCUUUUACCAUUCAACAAGGAGAAACUAAGGCUGCUGGAAAUGAAGAGGAAGACAGCUUAAGUGAUGCUGGGACAUAUACCAUAGAGGCAGAAUGUCAGGACAAGGAGAUGGAAGAGCCCAGAAGUAUUGUUGAUCAGUCUUUAGGUACAUCAUCAGAAGGAGGACCUAAAUGGGUAUCACGAUGGGCAAGUUUGGCGGACACCUUUGAAGAUUCUGGUUCCACAGAAGGCUUGAGUGAUACUCAACAGCGUAUUGAAGUUCCAGACAGAAAUGGAAAACCUGACCACCAGGCCAUACUCAGUCAACCUAUCCAUCAUACGGAAUUUGACAUUAGCCAUUCUGUUAGAACAAGAAGACGCUUGCCUCAGGUUCCUCCAGCAGACAAGACAGAAAUUAUUACUCCUAGUAUUCUGGUUCCCAGUGACUCUUACGCUCCAUACAAGAUUCCUGAAAGGAGCUCAAAAAUGCCCAAGCAACAGGAAGAUGUGCAGAGACUUAAUGUUCAAGAUGACGUGGACCCAGAUAGUUUGAGUGACACUAGUAAAUCAGAUGAGGGUUCAUUUUGGGAAAGAGAUAAGAAACAAAAAUCAAUAAGAUCUGUUGAAACAUCUAAAAUCAAAAAGCCAUGGAGCAAUUUUGGAACACAUCAGCAGACUGAUGAAAGAGGGGGAUCCAAAGCUCAACACACGUCUUUUUACAUUGCCUCAGAAGAGGUUCCUUUGAAGCAAUUGUCGGCAGUAAGUCAUACUACCAUUGACACAGGGUCUGAGCAUGACACUAAAUCUGGUUCAGAAAGUUCUACCAUUCGGGAAAAGACGAUACAUAGUCAGGAGUCCAGGAAGUUAGGGAAACCUCCUAGUUUGGUUACUAAAAGUGUUCCUCAAGAAAGAGAGGUUCUUUCAACCAAAGACACCUCAGUAUCUCUGGUCCGCCAGGAAAGCUUCACCAAAGAUCGUCCGAGUGAUGAUGUUACCGUCAACAAGCUUCCUCACAUUUCAAGCCAUUCAUCCAUGAAGGAUUUUGAAGCAACAAAUCCUUAUGCCAUAGACUGCCAAGAUACACAGCAGAUCCUUAAAGAAACGGAAAACACUCUAGCUGUCCUGGAAGCCAGAUUGCAGUCUCAGAGUAGUAGCCCAAAGCAAAAAUCUGAGAGUCCUUCUACCCAUAUGGAAGACUCUCUAUCUGGUGAUUCUGAUAUUGACACUGCUAGUACUGUCAGUUUACUAAGCAACAAAAAUGUGUCAAAUGUUAGUCGAAAAAAGACCACCGUCACAGCUGUGCAAAAGGACACAUCCUCAGCAAAUGUCUCUGUUCAGAAGCAGACAAGUGCCCGUGAAAGGCUUUCUGAAACGCGCAAGAAGCAUGUAGGGGACCGACAAGUAGACAAGACAGACCCAACUAAAAGAUUUCAUCUGAGGCGGAGUUCUGGAACACGGGGUUCUUUGGAUUUUACUGAUGACUUUCGUAAUUCGAACAUAUCAUUCCCACCUGAUACAGCCUCUUCAGACCAUGAAUCCACUUCUCGUUCCUCUCUGAGGAAAAAGCUAAUUAUACAACCUUUAAAGGAUGACGGUGGCAAACCUCUGAAGCCAGUAGUCCAACAAGGUCUCACUCGUUCUAACAGUUUGUCCGCACCAAGGCCUACGAGGGCAUCUAUGCUUCGGCGAGCCCGUCUUGGCGAGGCUUCUGAUAAUGAAGGUGCUGACACAGAUCGAACCCCUGUAAACUUAGAUGGCACAACCUUGUCAAAAGCUCAGAAUGAGAACAAAAAAUAUUCAAGGCUGGAUAUUUUGGCCAUGCCACGGAAAAGAACAGGCUCUUUUACAGCACCAAGUGACACUGAAUCAAGUACACCUCGAAGUCGGGCUCUUGACACAGCCAAUAAGGGACGCAAAUCUGCAGCUGUUGAAAGCAGCAAAGCUGUGAUCAGACGACCUUUAGGGGCAAGUGAAAGGCAGCCUGUCUCUAGAGCGCGAUCAAGCAGUGCCAAGUAUUCUUCUACAGUUAGUUCAAGGAGACAACAGAAAGGCUCCGAUUAUACCUCUACUUCUGACGAGGACAAUGAUUCCAACCAAAGUUCCACUAAACACAAGCGGUCUCAUGCAUCUGCAGCCACUCAGACUCCCAGGGUCCAUGGCAGGCAAAAUACAACCCCCCAAGACAAUGAAGACACAGAUGAAAAUGAGAAUGACCCCUAUCAGCAUUGGUCAACACACAGUGCAGAAAUAGCAAGACUAAGUCAGGACCUAGCUAAAGACCUUGCAAUUUUGGCACGUGAAAUCCAUGAUGUAGCAGGGGAUGGUGAUGCACAAAGUUCCAUGGGUACAGGGCAGAAUGCCACUACCACUUGCUUACCCAAUACACCAGUGUCCACAAUAUCAGCCAGAGAAGAGUUGGUCCAGCACAUUCCAGAGGCGAGUUUGAAUUUCCAAAAAGUUCCUCCUGGAUCUUCAAAAGUCAAAAAGGAGCUCAAUUCAAAUAUAAAUGAUUCAGAUUUAAGCUCAAAACACAGAACGUGGAGCAGGGAAGAGGUCAUUUUAGAUAACCUGAUGCUGAACCCUGUGUCUCAGCUCUCACAUGCUAUUCGAGAAAAUACAGAGCAGCUGGCUGAGAAGAUGAAAGUCUUGUUUCAGAGCAGAGCAGUCAACUGGGAAGAAAUUGAAGCAAAAAUCAAUUCUGAAAACGAAGUGCCAAUACUGAAGACAUCUAACAAGGAAAUAACAUCAAUUCUAAAGGAACUGAGAAGAGUUCAAAAACAGCUAGAAGUUAUCAACAAUAUCAUUGACCCCACUGGUGGUACAGACCUUCGUUCUAGGGGUUUAUCAAGUGCUACGCCUGUUACCAGUGUAAACCGCCAAGUUGCCACAGCAGGGGACUCAGGAACUUUUGCACAAGGAGGGGGUUUCCCUCUGUUAAGCUCUCGUAUUGUGGGUGAGCAGGGGAAGAAGAAAGUGAGUGCUGAUGACAAGGGCUACAUUGUCUGAUUGUAUUUGCAUUUGUAAUUCAUAUUAUGUAUUGGUUAUUGAUGAAUGACUGUGGAUUUAGGCUUGAUUUCAGAGAUUUUGUAUAUGUCUUGUAUAUUGUUGAUAUGCUGUAUAAAACAACUUGUUUCUGAGUGGAUUGCAAAACUACUUUUGCCUUUUUAUGGAGGCAUUUUAUCACUGUGCAGCAGAAUGCAUUCAGUAUCAAGCCUUGUGUAAAAUGGUAAAUGGGUGGCGGGCCUUCUUUUCAUGAACAACUGUAGAGCCAUUUCAUAGUGCCAUAUUGAUUUUGUGCUUUGUGUAUAAAAGCAUACUGAUGAAUUAAUGUAAAGCAAUCAGAGAAAUUGUUUCUUUUGUACUGUCAAAAUGGUGUUUUACUUUUGUUAUGGCAGAAUUUACAUUGCCAGCAGUGUCCCUGCACAGAAAACAGUGUUAAUACUGUAUGUUGCGAUGUUAUUGUGUUCAGUCAGCUUUAUCAUACAAUUAUGUGAAAUUAGAAUGCAAGACACAUGGAUGCAGCAGAUAAUAAUGCAAAAUGUUGAAAUUCACUGAAAUUGUUUUGGUGAAAAAUGUGGGGAGGAAAAUAUUUUAAUUUCUUUCAGUUUUACAACACACUCAUUGUUAUUUCUCAAAUUUGAUCAAAAAUAUUCAUGUAGCAUAUGCAAUUUUAAUAAUUCUCUGUGUCAAUAUACUUUUACAGGCAAAACAUUUCUAAACUGGUUAAAAUUGUCAUUGGUGCAAGCGUACAUAAAACAAUGCCUCAAAUUUGAAAGUUGCUAUGUCAUUUUCAUAUUUGGUGAACACACUUUAGUUGUGAUGUGUGGCCUCUGAUUUUAGAAGAACUGUAUUUUGAAAGUGAGCUCUUGCCUUUAUUUCCAUGAGAGCAUAAGUUACUGUAGUGAUGCUUUUAUUUUGUAGAAUGCUGAACCUCAUGCACUUUAUGUCUCUGAGCCAAUGAAAACCUACAGUAUAGUUAUCGAAUGUGGAGUAGGGGAACACAGUUCUUUGUCUGAUACAGUGGCAGUAUUUUACAAAUCCAACCUGGGACUACAUGAAAUUCCACAUUUAACCUGCAUAUUGCAUUAAAUAUUUGUAUUGUUUAGGCCUUUAUAGUGUUUAUUACUGGGGUAUACAAAGAGUUAACAUGCACACUAAUUCAGAUUAGUGCCUUUGUAGUCUGUUUGUGGGUGCCGAAGGCUAGAUAGACUCCUGCCAAAACUUUUGCUUUUGGGUCACUUUCACCACUCUUUAUUGUGGAUAAUUUAAAGGUAUGUCAGCAGGUUGUUCUUUAAUACACAGGUUAUGUGUACCAUGUUUUGGGAAUAUAGGGGUAGAAUAGCAACAGGUGGGAUCAGGAGGCACCCUAGAGAUUUGUGCUUCUAUAGCCAGCUUUGCACAAAUAAUCUGGUUUGUUUUUAGUGUGUUGCCUCUUCAUUAUCAUGCUAAAAUAAUAUAAAAGUCUGUCUUUUACUUACAUGUCUGGUCACCUCAGUACAGUGUGUCACAAACUUUCAAUGAUAUUUUAAUGCAUCAUAGAUGACCAUAAAUCACUUCAUAGUUGGGUUUGUGUAAAAAAAAAUGUAGACCUCUUUGUUUAUCUUUGCUUUAACUAAAUUAGGCCACUAUCUUCCUAUCUAACUGUUAAUCACGGCCAUUUUAGAUGCUUCUAUCCAGUAAUCUCUUUAUGCUGCUCACUGUGGCUUCUUCUUCUCAACAACUUGAAUAUCUGUGAGUUUAAUACGGAAUAACAGUCUAGAGAACCAAUAUAAUGACUGUGUGGCAGUACAAAAUUAAAUCAGGAACCAAGGAGUGAAUUUCCACACUCAUACUAUUCCUUAAGAGAAUAAUUAACUAUUAAUUACUUUUUAAACUAUUUACUUUUCUUUAGUCUUUUUGAAAUGAAUGUAAUUUGACAUUCAGUUAUACAUUAUUUCUUUUUCCUUUUAAAAACAGAGAGCAUGGUAAUACAUAAUGUUUUACAUAAUAUUUAGUAAUGUGAAUUAAGAUUCUGACACUAACCACAGUACAAAAAAAUAACUUAAUAAUAGAGGUAAUUUACUUUUAUUAAAACUUGAAUUACUGUACUCUUUAAACUCCCAUAAACACGAUUGCAUUAAGUACUAGUUUUUCAAGUCAAUGUAAGUACUAUGAUUGUAUUGUACUGUAAUGCUGAACUGGCACCUGGUUCAGGAUUGGUUGCUGCCCUAAGCUUAGUAUAAAGUCGGACUUUGUGAUGGAGCUUAGAUACAACAUUUUUUAAGUAAAGAAUGAGGAAUUUUUCACUAAUGAAUGUAAGUGUAAUAUUUGGGAACCUUGUGCCCUGAUUGUGUGGGCAUCUGAUGCAUUGAAACUCUGAAUUAAUUUGCAUAUCAUUUUGUGUUUCACACGCCAAAGUUUAGGGAAUUCUUACAUGAUGGAUGUUCAGACAGUCAACUGUUUGUCUGUUCCUGUAUUUCCUAUUUAAAAAGUGACAAAACCCCUUUAUUUUAUGUAGCUUGUUUCAGUAGUGAAUUAUACCUUAAGGCACUCUUCACAGAUUAAUAGGAAUUGUUCAGUUGUUGGACUGCCUUUUUUUUCUAACUGCAGUCCAGGCUGGUUAAGUGGCCCAUUGGAGUCAGACUGUGAGUCAGUGGUACAGACUGAAAUGACCUCCUUGUGAUUAACCACAUGGCUUGUGUUUUCCUUUACUUAAUAUUGUGAUGUAAAUUGAAAGGGUGAAUAAUAAUAAUAAUUACAGUAAUUACAGAGCACAUGGAUAUUUAGCCUGGUAUGCCCAACUGAUUAUCAUUAAUAUAGUUAUGUUCAGGCAAUGCUAACAGUCUCAAUUUAUCUUUCAUUGUAUUGUGAGUACUAGGGUGUUGUACCGUUUCUUGUUGAGAAUUUAGAGCAGGGCCUCUUUAAACCUCUGCAGCACACAUGGCAAUAUAACCUGGCGUCCUAGCUACCUGUUUAUCACUGCCUAGAUGGGGCCAGUGGUGACUUUAGUAUUACUCUUAAAUAUGUUUUUCUUUCUUGUUUGGCUUAAAGCCACCAUAUUGUAGUUCCAUGUUUAUUUUUCUCCCUACAUUCAUAUAUUUUACACAAGAUUUCGUUUUGGUUUUAUUUGUUUGCCUUAUUUUCUAAUUCUUUAUAGUAGUAGUGAAUACUACUCCAUGUUGCAAUAUUACCAUAUCUAAUCAAACUUUUAUAUUAUAAUGACUGAGCUACAGAAUUAAAUGUGGUAGGACCUUUAUGCUAUUCUAUCUUUUUUGUACGUGUUUAGCAAUCUCAGCCUGAACAGCAUCAAUUGAGUCUCCCAGUUCCAUAGUUCUUCUUGAGUUUUUUUGGCUUUAGUACGCCCUUCCAGGUUUGUAUUCUUUUCCUGUUAUUCUCUUUUGGUGACAGCUCUUGUUUGGUGGCCUUUUGUUAGACAAAUUGAUUGAGCAUCAGUGAGUCCUGCCUCUGAAAUCUGACGUGCUAAAAUUCAUCUAUAUUGAGUUCUUUGUCAGUAUGUACAACCUUAAACAGUGUGUACUAAUACAACUCUAAUUUCAAAAAAAGUUGCUGUGCAAAAUGUCAAUAAAAACAAUGCAAUGGUUUGCAAAUCUCAUAAACCCAUAUUUUAUUCAAAAUAGAACAUAGAGAACCUAUCAAAUGUUGAAAGUGAGAAAAUGUACCAUUUUAAGAAAAGAAUAAGUUUAUUUUGAAUUUGAUGGCACCAAUACAUCUCAUAAAUGUUCAGACAGGGCCAUAUUUACCACAGUGUAGCCUCUCCUCUUCUUUUAACAACAGUCAAUAAAUGUCUGGUGGCUGAGAAGACCAGUUGCUGUACAUUUUGGACAGGAAUGUUGUCCCUUUCUUGUUUGAUAUAGGAUUCUAGCUUCUCAACAUCUGGACUACAGGCAGGCCAGUUCAGCACCCGGACUCUUCUACUGUGAAACUAUACUGUUCUAAUAGAUGCAUUAUGCAAUUUAGCAUUGUCUUGCUGAAAUAUGCAAGGCCUUCCCUGAAAAAGACAUCAUUUGGAAGGAAGCAUUUGUUGCUCUAAAACCUGUACAUACUUUUGAGCAUUGGUGUUGCCUUUUCAGAUGUGUACGCUGCCAAAUCUAUAGGCACUAAUGCAUCCUUCAUACCAUGAGAGAUUCUGGCUGUUGAACUGAAUGCUGAUAACAAGCCGGAUGGUCCCUGUCCUUUUUAGUCUGGAGGAUGUAGUGUCCAUGUUUUCCAAAAAGAAAUUCAAAUGUAAUUUCUUCUGACCACAGAACAGUUUUCUACUUUGCGUUGCUGGAUCCUGUUCAUAUAUGGCUUCUUCUUUGCAUGAUUGAGCUUUAAUCUGCAUUUUUGGAUGGCACAACGAACUGUGUUCACAGACAGAUUUCUGGAAGUGUUCCUGAGCCCAUGCAGUGAUUUCCAUCAAUCAGGCCUCUUUUUAAUGCAGUGCCACCCAAGAGUCCGAAAGUCACAGGCAUGUAUUAUUGAUUAUCGGCCUUGUCCUUUACUCACAAAGGUUUCUCCAGAUUCUCUAAAUCAUUUGAUGGUAUUAUGUACUGUAGAUUAUAAGAUAUUCAAAGUCUUCACAAUUUUACGGUGAGGAACAUUAUUCUGAAAUUGUCCGACAAUUUGUAGGUUGUUUUUUUUGCAGAUUGGUGAACCUCUGUCCAUCUUUACUUUUGAGAGACUCUGCCUCUCUGAGAUGCUGUUUUCAUGCUCAAUCAUAUUAUUGACCUUUUACCAAUUAACCUAAUUAGUUGCAAAAUGUUCCUCCAGCUCUUUCUUUUUUGUACCACUUACUUUUUCAGCCUUUUGUUGCCAUCGUCCCAACCUUUUGGAGACUUGUAGUUUCCAACAAGUUCAAAUUGAGCUGAUAUUUUUCAUGAAAUAGUCAAAUGCCUCAUUUUGAACAUUUGAUAUGCUUUCUAUGUUCUAUUGUGUAUAAAAUAUGGGUUUAUGAGAUUUGCAAAUCAUUGCAUUCUGUUUUUAUUUACAUUUUACACAGCAUCACAACUUUUUUGGAAUUGGGGUUAAUGUUUUAAAAUUCAUCUAAAAUGAGCUAUUUAUCAGUGUAUACAACCUUAAGCAACAACUGCUAGCAGACUAUGAAACAUCAGUGUGUUCUCCUAUCUAAUACUGCAUGUUAUAGCAGUGUGGCCUAUUCGUCAUGUGAGUUUUUAUUUAUAAGCAUUUUUCAGUAAAUCUGUAUAUUGUACUGUACAGUAAGUUAUUGACCAUAUUUUCAUACUGCAUAUGCAGUAGUAAAAUGCAUAAUUUGAGGUAUAUUACUGUCCAAUUCUAUAUAUUUAUGUUAUGCUGCAUACACUUAUCAGAAAAUGGCACAGUUGCGUUCAGAGUUCAAAAUACUGACUUUGACUUUCAUAGCCAAAAUUUAAAUGAAUAGCCGUCCCCUAACAAUACAGGUACAUAAAAAAGGAGUUCUCCAUACCUAAUUACAGUGCUGCUUUUUCAGGAGAUUUCUACACUUCUCUUGUUCUGCAUAGGCUUUCUCUGUGAUGUACUGGCUGGCUUUAGAUUUGUAGUUUGUACAUGUCAAACAAUUGUUUAAGGUUCAAAUUCACUGUGUUGCCUAUUAAUGCUACAUUUAGCAGUAGCAUGGCUGCUUUGACCCCUCUUCACCUAUACACUUCCUCUGUCCACCUAGAUCCAAGCACCCCUAUCCAGUGGCUUUUCAGACAAUAGUUAGGUCUCUUAGGGAUUCAGUUACUUUUUUUAUUUCAUCUCUCUCUGUUUGUUUGAAUGUCUUUAUGCAUGUUUAUGAAGUUAAUCAUCAGGCAAGUCCACAGUGUACAGUAUCAUGCCUUAGUGAGCACUGUUUCAUAGACAAUUUUAUGUCUAUAAACUUUGCAGAACAAGAUGAAUCAAUGGCAUGCUAGAUUUUGCAUCCAUUGUACAUACGAAGAAAUGGAGCACUAGUCUGUGGACAUUCUCCAUUUUGUAUAGGUGAAUUACAUGAUCAUUUGAGUCACAUGAAAAUUACUGCUGACUGCAAGGUUCCAGAUGUCCUCCAGGACACAUUUUUGUGUCUGUUUGUCCAGAUCCUACCUUUAUAACAAAAAACUGUUUGGGGUACUAGAGAAACACUUCAGGGUAGCUUCACGGAAAUGGCUACUUCAAGGACUAGACUGAACAGGUCAUUCUGAUUUCUUGUUCACCCUUAAUUUUCAUUAGCCUUCAGUAGAUGCAUUAAACGGGAUGGCAAGUUACUUUUGAUGAACUAGGCCAUUUGUCCUUGACGCUUGUCUUAUUGUUGGUCUUUGCCUGUGACAAAGGUACACACCUGUUAUCUGUGUAAGCUGGGCUUGAUGGGAAUCUGCUUCUAGUGGUCCAUGAAAUAAUAUGGACUUAAGCUACCUUGACAGCUGACUUUUUCAGCAAGUAAAACAACUGCUUUCACGUUUAGCAUUUGUGCACUGGUGAUGAAUGGUACUGUUGUGCGACAAAAAGAAAUUACAAAUUCAUGUUCAAAACUAACAGUUAUACUCAUUAAAGCAAAACUGUUGAGGAGUUCAGGGAAAAGUCUUUAAAAGGCUGUUAUGAGCUUGUAGGUGCACAUAGAUGGAUGUGAGUGCCCUGUCCUUUUUGCAAUAACCACUUAAUUGAAUUGAAGAGCUGAGUUGCAAAAUCAGCUAAGUACAGGAGACAACUUUUUGUGAAAAGGAGAAAAAUAAUUUUUAAGUAUUUGAAAUGAUAUUUUUAAAAUUCUUUUUGCAGAAUGUUGGUUGUUUCAUUACUGAAGGUCAAUUGCUGGACAUCUCAGAAAUCUGAAUAUUUUACAUUUUUGUAAAAAAUAGGAAAAAAACGUACUUAGCAGGUUUUGACGCUAAAUCAAUGCUAUUCCAUAAACCUAUAAGUAGAAACUUUCAUCAAAAGUGCUCUGGAUCUUGAAAUAUUUUUAUUAUAUAACAAAUGAAAUACAGAGCUUUUAGUCUCUAAACUAUUUAGCUAAAAAGUAAUGCUAAAAGUCAUGAAUUCCUGUUAAGCAUUGUUUAAGUAGUAAAUUAAAAAAGUUAUAAGCAAUCUCUAGAAUGUCAAAAUUCUACAUCACAAAUCAAAUUAAAUAAUGCAUAACUACCACUAGCCAACCCUAAUCCUAAUCUCUAACCCUAAACCCGAUAUCUAGAGGUUCGGACAAUGGCUAGCUAGUGGUAGUUAUAUAAAAUCACCUCAGCUUAGCUGACUCAUUAUACCCAUGAAAUGUAGCUCUCGCUUCUCCAAGCAUCCGCAUAUUCGUAGUUUAGCAAUAUUCAAAAUUAUUAAGAAUAUGUUUUGAAAUAUCUUACAUAGUAUUCAACAGUGGUCGCUCGCUUUGCUGGCUUUUUCUUUCGUGAAGGCUUCAGCUUUGUAAUGCACAUCUGGAUCAGAAUAAAAUCAUCUUGGCUCCAUUUCACUUGUUUUUUGUAAAAGUCGUUGUGAAACUUUUCAACAUCAGCCGGAGUGAGCUGGCCAACGUCGCAUCUUGUUCCACGAUGCCUACCAACACCUCCAUGAUUGCAAGAAAUCUUUGGCAUCUUUUCAGUGCUGCUAUAUCGUUUCUUCUUUUCUACGUUUCUUUUCCAAUUCUCAGGAUUUCUGCUUCGUUUCCUGGGAUUGUUUGAUUUAGAAAUUGUCUCAUCAAACUCCAUAUUUACGUCCGCCAUUUUUUUGUCACGUGGCAAAUGCGCUGAGAUGAUUGGCUGGUGUACUUAGCAGCUUUUGGAACUAAGCUGGUUAUGUAUUUAACAGGUUUUGGAACUCACAUCAAAAUUUAUAGCAAUAUAUUUUGGAGCCCACUUCAAUACCAAGCACAUAGCCGACCCUUUGAUGAGUCACAACCAUGCUUCACCUAAAGUUUGCCAAAAAAUGUACUUAGCAGGUUUUGGAACUCACCUCUUCAAUUGUGCAGGUCAAGAAUUUAACCCAUUAUUAAUUGUGCAGGUCAUACUGCAAAGUAUAAACUUAAAGAUUAUGCAAUUUGGUGAUUACACUGGACAUACAGUGUCACUAGUUCACAUGGCCCCUGCUGUUUCAGUUCACUUCAGAAGUCUUUUUUUAUUCAGUGUAUUCACUGACACAUGACAAAGCAUGAGGCUUUCCUAGGGCCCAGUUGCAUGGCUGCUUGUCCUUCUUGGUUUUAAUUUGAUGCUUUUGUGAGGUAAACAGUAUGUAUGUGUGUAUGUAUGUUUAAAGUGAAAAAUGAUCCAUGGAACCUGAGCUGUAAUUUGUUAGGGUUGGUUUAAUUUAAUUUUUUAUGCUGAUUUUCUUUCUUUUGUGCAGUAAAAUUACAAUGUUGAUAGAUCACAAGAUGGAUUGGUAUUAAAGCUGUCAAAGGGUUUUGUAUAUAGAUGAUAUAUAUAGAAAUAUGUAUUGCCAAUACUACUGCUGAUCAGAAGUGAUGGCACUUUUUAUGUACAAAAAAAAGAUAUCAUUCAAUAAAAUGUGUAUAUUGAUUAA